UGUCGUUUUGAUCGACUUCGUCAGGGAGCCGGCAUCGUGCUCUUUUAUAGUAAUUUAAUUUUUAUAAAUUUAUUUUUGAGAAAAAGAAAGUAAUUUACGAAGUUAUAAAUACAGUAAUACUACACAAUCUAAGUAGAAACUGCCAAAAACUGACUGUUAAUACCUCACAUCAAGAAAAACAACACGUAGGUACUUGUACCACGUGUACAUACGUACUUUAGUGUCCAAUAUACAACGAAAAGGGUUCUAUCCAUAUACGUAAAAGUGUUUCAAGAGUAGACGGUGCCGUGGUCAUCGAGCUGUGCUUGCGUGGUGUCUUCGAGUGCACGUGUCAAUAUAAACAUGUCGACUGGGGCGGAGGGCGACCUGCGCGACGGGCUGUCAGCCGCGGAGAUCUUCGCGAACAGGGAGGGCCUCACCUACAAUGACUUCCUGCUGCUGCCCGGGUACAUCAACUUCACCGCCGAAGAGGUAGACCUCACUUCCCCACUGACCAAAAAAAUUAACCUGAAAGCCCCCCUCGUCUCAACUCCCAUGGAUACUGUCACCGAAGCUGAUAUGGCUAUUGCCAUGGCCCUAUGCGGCGGUAUCGGUAUCAUUCACCACAAUUGUACGCCAGAAUACCAGGCCAACGAGGUACACAAAGUCAAAAAAUACAAGCAUGGUUUCAUCAGGGAUCCAGUCUGUAUGGGUCCUGAAAAUACAGUCGCCGAUGUCAUUGAAGCAAAGAAAAAGAAUGGGUUCACAGGCUAUCCUAUCACAGAAAAUGGUAAACUUGGUGGACGUCUCAUUGGAAUUGUGACAUCAAGAGACAUUGACUUCAGGGAAGGAGAUCCACACUUGAGCUUGAAAGAGGUCAUGACACCGAUAGAAGAAAUGAUCACUGCCCAGUCUGGUGUCACUUUGCAAGAUGCCAACUAUAUACUUGAGAAGAGCAAGAAAGGAAAACUGCCAAUUAUUAAUGGAGCUGGUGAACUAGUUGCUCUGAUUGCUAGAACUGACUUGAAGAAAGCUCGCAGCUACCCCAACGCUUCCAAAGAUUCCAAUAAGCAGCUACUUGUAGGAGCUGCCAUAGGCACCCGUGAGGGAGACAGGGAGAGACUAAAGCUCCUUGUCAGCAAUGGAGUAGAUGUUGUUGUAUUAGAUUCCUCACAAGGAAAUUCCAUAUAUCAGAUAGAAAUGAUUAAAUACAUUAAGAAAACUUAUCCAGACAUUCAAGUCAUUGGUGGAAAUGUUGUGACCAGGAUGCAGGCCAAAAAUCUCAUUGAGGCGGGAGUGGAUGCAUUGAGAGUUGGAAUGGGCAGUGGAUCUAUUUGUAUAACCCAAGAAGUGAUGGCCUGUGGCUGUCCUCAAGCCACAGCUGUGUACCAAGUUGCUUCAUUUGCACGACAGUUCAAUGUGCCAGUAAUUGCUGAUGGUGGAAUUCAAUCUGUUGGCCAUAUUGUAAAAUCUCUGGCAUUGGGAGCUUCUACUGUAAUGAUGGGUUCUCUGCUUGCUGGUACAUCAGAGGCCCCAGGAGAAUAUUUCUUCUCAGAUGGUGUCAGACUCAAGAAGUAUAGAGGAAUGGGCAGUUUGGAAGCCAUGGAGAACAAGGAUGGUAAAGGAUCUGCUAUGAGCCGCUACUUCCACAAGGAAUCUGAUAAACACCGAGUAGCUCAGGGAGUCAGUGGCAGUAUUGUUGAUAAAGGCUCAGUAUUGAGGUUCCUGCCGUACUUGCAGACAGGCUUGCAGCACAGCUGCCAGGACAUCGGUGCCCGCUCUGUGAGCACUCUGCGCGAGAUGAGCUACUCUGGAGCCCUGAGGUUCAUGAAGAGGACAUACUCUGCUCAGCUGGAAGGAAAUGUGCAUGGUCUGUUCUCUUAUGAAAAGAGAUUGUUCUAAGAUGCCAAUCUUGGGUAUAUAUAAUUAUUUUUAAUGUGAUAUAUCCAUUUGCAAAGUUAAUAAGAAUUUAUAUUUUAUGUCAUUAUAAGAAAAAGUAUUCUAUUAGGUUUCAAAUGAAAUAUUUUGUUUAACUAUUUGUAUAUUGAGAAGUAUUUCUUUAUAAGCAGUAAAUAUUUUUCAGUACAGAUGUAUUCCAUUUUAUGAACUUGUUUUUUGUUGUACAAAUUAUGACGGACCACAUGCAAGAUAUAUCUAAAAUAAAGUGUGAACUAAAU